GCAGCUGACAGUUUAGCGGACUAAACAAAACAUCAAUUUUUCUUUAUCUGCAACAGAGGAAAUGUGGAUUUUUCAUGCAAUAUGGGUACACGUUCUCUUACUAGGUUCAAUUUUUGUUAUUUAUUUUCGAUCACCUAUCAUAACAAAUCUUGAGCCACAAAGUGCUAUAAAAUUAGAUCCACCGUCGAAUAGAUUAGUGUUAAUUGUGACUGAUGGACUGCGAGCCGAAUCCUUUUUUAGAAACAAUUGUAGUGAUAUACCGCAUAUUUUAGAAUUGAUGUUGCAACAUAAUGGACAGGUAGGCAUCUCUCACACUCGUGUACCAACGGAAUCUAGACCAGGUCACAUUGCACUCAUUGCGGGGUUGUAUGAAGAUCCAUCGGCUGUCACUAAAGGUUGGAAAGAAAAUCCAAUUGAUUUUGAUACAGUAUUUCAUCGAAGCGGGAAAACGUUUGCUUGGGGCGCAAACGAUGUACUACACAUAUUUUCACGUUUAAACGGAACGGGUCAAAAUUUGCUAUUUGAAGCGUAUGAUCAUAACUUAGAUUUUUCUGGUCGUGACAAAACGUAUGAGUUAGAUGAAUGGGUUUUCAAACGGGUGCAUGCGUUUUUGCGAAACAAAGGUGAAGAACUACAACAAGAAAAGCAAGUAAUAUUCUUUUUGCAUUUACUGGGACUUGAUACCGCUGGCCAUGUUCAUAAACCUGGUUCUAGGUUAUUUUUAGAAAAUUUACAACAUACUGAACUUGGUAUUUGGAAUAUUUAUAAAGAGUUUGAAACAGUUUUUACAGAUGGUAAAACUACUUAUUUACUUACAUCUGAUCAUGGUAUGACAAAUUCAGGUUCUCAUGGUGCAGGUGACCCUUAUGAAACAGAUACACCAUUUUUUGUUUGGGGUGCAGGAAUCGACAGAAAAGGAAAAUCGUCAACCAAAUCGUUUCAAGCAGGCCUAAAUCAGUCAUUACCUUUGCAUGAAUUAGAGCAAGCUCAACUUACUCCAAUAAUGUCCAGUUUGCUGGGUUUGCCACCACCGACUAACAAUUUUGGUACUUUGCCACAAGGAUUUUUAAAUGUUUCAGCUGAAUAUGAGGCACAUGCUACACAUGCAAAUGCUUUGCAGCUAAUAGAACAAUUUAAGAAGUUAUUAUUAGAACAUCAACGUGGAUUAUUUUCAAGAUAUCUGAAUUCAUAUAAAGAUUUAGAUUUAGUCGGUAUUGCUGCGUAUGUAAGUAGCAUCGAAAUGCACUUUGAAGAACAAAAUUUCCAAGAAGCUAUUAAUGCUAGUCAAGUGAUAAUGAAAAAGUCCAUUGAAGGUGUAAACUAUUACUUUAAUUACUAUCAAAAUUCACUACUGCUGAGUACUACAGCAACUUUCCUUGGUUGGAUCUUUUAUCUGUUGCAAAUUAUUCGCACACCGAGUUGGCAUAUAAAUGAAAGAAUAACUUUAGACAAGUUUUGCAAGAAGUCUAUUUUUCAGCUUCUCAUUUUAAACAAACUUUUGUUGUUGUUUUUCAUUUUGCAGCGAGUACCAUUCGUUAUUGCAUUGUAUCAUGUGGUACCAGUGAAUGUGUGGGGUUUAACGUAUAUUGAAAAAGGAAGUGGUUACAGUAGUAAAAAAAUUCCUUUAAGAAAAUUAGACAUAUUGCCGAUUAUCAUUUGCACAGAACUAUUAGUUGUUACAUUUUUCCGUCCUCAAGCAAUUGCUUUACUAUUUUUGGUUUUUACAUGCUUUAGCAUGCGGAGAGAAAAUAUCAAAGAU